AUGGCGAGCAAGGCCGCCAUCAAGAGGCUCACAAAGGAGGCGCAGCUGAUGGACAAGGACCCUCCUCCGCUUGUCUACGCCCGUCCGCGCGAAGACAACAUCCUCGAGUGGCACUACAUCCUACGAGGCCCUCCCGACACGCCGUACGCCGGCGGCGAAUACCACGGACAGCUGCUCUUCCCGCCCGAGUUCCCCUUCAAGCCGCCGGGCAUCAAGAUGCAGACGCCGAGUGGCCGGUUUGCGCCCAACACCAAGAUCUGCACCUCGAUGAGCGACUACCACCCGCACACGUGGCAGCCGGGCUGGAACACGUCGACGAUCCUCAUCGGACUGCUCUCGUUCAUGUGCUCGGACGAGAUGACCACAGGCUCGGUAACGGCGUCGAGUGCGGAUCGCAAAAAGCUCGCCGAGCAGUCGCACGCGUUCAACCUGACGCAGAAGAAGUUCUGCCAGAUCUUCCCCGAGUACGCUGGCCAACAGAUCAAGGAUCUGCCCAACAUGGGCGACAACAAGCAAUCGACCACCUCGGCCGGCGCCGGUGCAGCCUCGGGCGACGCCAACAAGUCUGAAAAGGUGGGAUCCGAUUCGCCUGAGGCGCCACCGCUACCAAAGCAGGGCUUGAGGAAUCGAUCUGCAGCGAUACCUGCGUCGAGCGGUGCGGGGGCAGCCGAUGAGUCCGACGCCAGUCCUAACGGACGCCGAGCCGAAGAUGCAAGGCCACCACGUAACAACCGGCGCAGAGACCUGUUUGGCUUGCGCAGCUCGCUGGUCUUGCUCGCCGUGCUGGCAUACCUGUUUGUGAGCCGCGUGAUGAACGCCAGCGCCAACGGCAUCAUCUAA